GGAAGUUUUGAAGCGCGCGGGCCGGAAGUGCCUGUUGCCUUGCACUGCCGUAUCUCGCAAAGGUGCUGCUGCGCCACUGUUCUUCGGGCAUUACCUGUGUGCGCCCUGGGCCCAGCUGCGGCCAUGAGCCGGCCCAGCCGGCUGCAGAGGCAAAUUCUGAGCUUGUACCGCGAGCUUCUGCGCGCCGGGCGUGGGAAGCCUGGCGCCGAGGCGCGGGUGCGGGCUGAGUUCCGGCAGCAUGCUUGCCUGCCACGCUCCGACGUGCUGCGUAUCGAGUACCUGUACCGCCGCGGGCGGCGCCAGCUGCAGCUGCUACGGUCGGGCCACGCCACUGCCAUGGGUGCGUUCGUGCGUCAGCGGAGUCCAACCCAGGAGUCCAGCGGCGCGGGGGCGCCAGGGACCCAGCCUGACAAUGGCGAUGGUCCGAGGAAUCCCCUUGACGGAAUGAGGUCACCGGAGACACCCCCCGAUGGACGGUGACAGGACGAGGAGCUUACCCGAUAGCGCAGGGGAACCGGGGGCCCGCCUGACUGUGUGGGGGGACUAGGGAACCUGCCUCAUGAAACGUGAAAGGUCUUAAGACCAGCUCAAUGGAUUGGGGAAUCAGAGAGCCCUCCUAGCGACGUGGGGUGCCAGCGACCCCCGUGAUAGAUGGUGAGAGAUGACCGACCUUGCACGAUCCAUGAUAACGGGUCGAACUCUCAUGAGGGUUUGGAGUGGCUUGGUUGCCGGCUGGCUGAACUGUGUCAAGCUGAGAGCUCCUUACCCUAAAGCAUGGGGAACCAAGACGCCUGCCGUCGGACGGAAAGAGACACCUUUCUAUUUACCUCUGGCUCCCCUCUCCUGUAUUUAACUCUGAGAAGAGCAGACUUGUUGCUGAGAAUUUUGGGAAGAUACCCUGAUGGAUGGUGAGAAGCCCCGAAUCCCCUUUGGAAAACUUUCUUCCCGUUAAUUGUGGCAGACUAGGACCUGUGGGGAAGGGGCUGGGGUAUCUUACCCCAUCUGAUCAACUGAAGACCCGUCAAGACCUAUACUUGAUGGUUCUGAGGGGAAACCCUGACUCCUGGGCCCUUCUCCUCCCAGGACUGUUGAACAAAAGGAAUAAAAUUGGAGAUGUGAUUACUUCCCUC